AAUCCAUAUUAAAAACCUAGGUAGGGAGCGUGAAGGACUCCACGAAUUCCGUUUGGAGGCAUCUUUGAGCUCGCCGAGUAAGCAUCAUGAGCAAAGCUCACCCUCCAGAGUUGAAAAAAUUUAUGGACAAGAAAUUAUCAUUGAAAUUAAAUGGUGCCAGACAUGUCCAAGGAAUAUUGCGGGGGUUCGAUCCCUUUAUGAAUCUUGUAAUAGAUGAAUGUGUGGAGAUGGCAACUAGUGGGCAACAGAACAAUAUUGGAAUGGUGGUAAUUCGAGGAAAUAGUAUCAUCAUGUUAGAAGCCUUGGAACGAGUAUAAACAAUGGGUGUGUUCACCAGAAGAAACCAACUGCUUCCACGUGUCCCCUUCAUAGCACCAGUUUUACUACAAUAUAAAAAUCAGGUCAUGCAUUUUCAUAUUGAACUUUUUUGUUAAAUAAACUUUUUUAAUAGUCAAAAAAUGCUUUCUCAGACAUUCCAAACAUGGAAAAUUGAAUGUUAGCUUUUACUCCAGUUUUUUCUAACACAAACUGUUCCUGGCUGAGACUGAUUUAUUCCAAAGCUUUUAUGCAUUAAUAUUGAAGAAUCUGAUUAAAUGUGAAGCAUGGCUAGGA